AUGCUCCCCUGGAAGACUUCCAUCAUCGUCGCCCUCAUCACGGCGGCCUCUGCCGUGCAGGAUUACGGAAAAUGCACGACUGCGAAAUCCCUCGGGGAACAAAGGGGCAUCUUCCCGUACGGAUGGUGCGAGUCUAAUCUCAUAACCGGCGAGCAAGUCAUCAAGCCUUGCAACAAGUCAGAGCUCCAGGUAGACGUCGUGCUGGGCCUUGUGUGCAAUUUCUCGCUGCAACGCCGCUUCUUCAAGCUCUGUCAACGAACAGUGUCUGAAGGCAGAGACGUGAUCUGCGGGAAAGUGAAAGGUGGACUCGCUGCCACAGGUCAAAGCAGCCGACUCGUAGUCAUCCGCAGGUUCACAGACGUCGACAAGCCUGUAAAGUCCAAGCGGCUCAACGGACAGCAAGGCGAGAGCCAUCGACCUCCAUUUCAUCGGGAGCUACGGAAUGUCACGACGACGAGGGAAGACAGGACGUGGAAAGGAAGUUCGAGAGCCACCGCCCUGAUGAUCGUUAGUAUGGCCGUGAUGUUGACGAAAACGAUUGAAGAGGUGGACUGA